GCCUUAAGCAAACAAGUUGUAUAUUAGCAUAGCCAGAAUGAUGUGGCGCCGAGCUAGAUCAGAGAGGGUGCAGGUUUAGGGUUUUACUUCCCGGGGAUGAUGUGGCGCCGAGCUAGAUCGAGCGCGGGUGUCAACAUCCGGAAGCUCUCUACCGCAGUACAACGUCGUAUCGAGGACGAGGGCGACUGGUCCUACGCCUCGGAAUGGUGGGGCACAGAAUCUGAAGGCCACACCGUCCUCCGAUCCACAUCCGACAAAGGCAACGGCGUCGUUUCAGUCGUCGCCUACCCUUCGUCAAAACCCAGUGAACUCCACUGGGCAUCAACGGAGAGAUGGCUACAGAAAAGGUACGAAGAGAUACAUGGAUGCCAUGAACAGAACGACAGAUUCAGAGUGCUCGGAUAUCAAUGGCGCGCUCUUCGCUUCAACGAUGACACUCGCCAAAGCACCGUCAAGGUUUUGGCUGCGUAUCGGCAAUCUGAACCUGGCGUUUUCGCCGUUAUGCAGCAGCCGCAUUGCUUGGCUGUUCCAUAUCUUAAGAGUAUGAUAUCAGCUGGGUUGGCUGCUAUAGCAUCUUGUGAUUACAAUCUCAUGGAUGCGGUGACUGGGAACGAAAGCAUGCGUAUUUUGUGCAUUGGCCAUGGUGGGGGAAGCUUGCCAUUGUUUUUGGCUAGUAUGAUUCAAGGUGCUGUUGUUGACAUAGUUGAAAUCGACCCCCUUGUUAUCUCGGCCUCAGUUAAAGCUAUGGGGUUUCCAGCUUUCUCAGUUGUUACUCCAUCGGGCAAGCGUGCUGUCUCAAAACCCGAUACCAUGGAUGAGGUUCUGUGGAAAGGCAUCCACGAGAGGCUGUUCCUCUAUGAGUCCGAUGCUGAGGAGUUCAUUCUCAACAACACCAGCUUGUACGAUAUGAUCUUCAUUGAUGCUUAUGAUGGCGAAGAUAUCUUCCCUCACAAGUUAUGGGAUCCACAUUCCCCAUUUUUAAAAGCUCUCAGCAAUCGGCUUUGCCCUGAACAUGGCACGGUUGUGGUGAACCUUCAUUCGGACACUGAGAUCUUGAACCCUGAUGGCUCUGCUCCAUCCGUUCUGCAGCAAACCGUGCCAAUGGGAAAGUACGUCUCGGGGGUUUGCCGGGCAUACAAGGACGUGGUAGUGGGUAAUGGAAGUAGUUGUGGAGGAAAAGAUUCUGGUUUGGGGUUUACUGUUUCAGUUCCUUGGGUGUGCAAUACGUCUCUGGUUGUCUGCAGAGGCUUUAGGGUUAAGGGUGGGCAUAGCAACAGAGAUGUAAUCAUGAACACUCUCAUAUCCAAAUCCUUUGAGCUGGAAAAUGUUCUCAACUUGCCAUUCUCUUGUUUGCAAUAUAUAAAGAGAGGUUUUAUGGUUGUUGAUUAAUUUCAUAACAAGUUUACUGAGGUUCUUCACAGUUUGA